AUGGUCACCGUUCCAAGCUUCGACCGCGUCAACUGGUCGAGUGAGACCGAGCGUAAACCCGAAAUUCAGUCCAGCACAAUGACCACUUACUUUGAAGAAACGCGCGCUUUGGCGCAGGCAGCGAAAAAUAUGGCCAUCAACAUCGCACUGAGUGAGUACUGCGGUAUCGAAUCCGCCGCCUAUGCUCUCGCAGUGAUCCGUCCAGACGGCAGAGUCGCUACCUUCGUCUCUGAUGAGGUGAAGACGGAUUCCAAAUUCCUCUUCACAUCUGCCUUCCACAACGAGUUCCUGGUCGCUACGGGCCGGGCACCAUCGCAUCCCAUGCUCAAGCAUGAAUCAGAUGGAGAGGCGUCGUACACGCAAAACGAUCUCCGCAGCACCCGCUACCUCAGCCAACUCGGCCCAUACCGCAAGCGCACUCCUCCCCGCUCCCAUAACGCAUACGACGAUGAUUCCUCCACCGACUCCUCCGGUUCCCGCAAACGCCUCCGCGCCACUGCUACUCGCUCCCGCGAGCGCGCCAUCCCUACCCUUCCCACCCGCACGAUCUCCAUCGGCGACGACGCCGCACGCGAUGAUGUCUAUCGCCAGUGCCUCAAGGAUAUGCAGCAAAAUGGAUGCAAGGUUCUCGGAAAGGCAUGGGUCAAGCUUCUCGAGCCAAAGAAGCAGUCUACGUACCCAUACACCAAGGGUGCGUCGAAGAGGCCUCCGUGGUGGCCCGCAAUGACGGGGCCAAACAAGAUUAGGCAUAAGGAGCCAGAUCACUUGCACAAGCGUGAGCGCAUCAUCCUCCUCAUGCACAUCCUCGGCCUCAUCAUAAACCAAGACCCCACCAGCGUGGCCCGCCAACGCGGCGUCGACGUCGCAAAGCUUGAAGAAGUCACCCGCGAAGCCAUGGCCACCUGGUUCGCCGACCGCGAAAAGCCAAAGAACGCCGAAAAGCGAGGCUACCUCACCCAGCUCUUCCGCGUCCUCUACAAAGAAGAACGCUACCGCCGCGGCGAGCUCGACGGCUCCGCAACCGUCUCCGUCAACGACGGCGCCGGAACCACUGACGACGACGACGACUCCGACCCAUGCCCACACCACCACCAGGCCCACCCCAUCUCGCCAUUCCUCCCAACCCCAUCAUCCUCGCUACUCUCCCCAUCCCACCCAAUCACCUCCACCGCCGCAACAGACAUGCAAGACUACUACCCCCCCGGCCUCCCCCUCCGCUCCUCCUACAUCCCCACCACCCCCGACACCACAGCCGCAGACGACUACGCCGAUGCCCCUUACCCAAUCCACCACCACAGCACCCUAACCCACAAUCAACACCCCCAACAACCACCCACCUACCCCACCCGCGCCUGGCCCGCACAGGAAAUAAACAUCUACACCGGCGGCUCCCCAUGGCCGACGCCCCCAGCCGCGACCUCGGUGCCAAUGCAGCACUUCCCCUUUGGGAUCUCCACCUCCUCGCCGCCUCAACAGCAGGGGCAAGGCGCGGUGUUUCUGCCUCCGCCAAUGGCACAGGGGUACGAGGAUGUGAAUGGUGCGAGGGGAAGCUUUGAUGGGGGAUGGGAAGUCAUUUGAUUGAAGUCGUUUGAUUGACAGGUGUUCGCGCUUGCUUUGGUUUGCUAUGGUUUUUCUUUGGACCUGGUUUGCCGGCUUGGAUGGGUGGUGGUUUGCUUGUGGGGCGGGAUGAUACCAUGCGCUAUGCAGUGCUCUUUCGUUGCUUUAUUUGUUUCUUGGCUUUGCUUUGCUUGCUUAAUGCAAUGGGGUGAGAUGGAGAUGGGAUGGCCUUACACUUCCUCCGCGGGGCUUCAACACGACAAUAUUGAUCUGAGAGGAGUGCGAUUUGGCAGUUCGAUUGGGUUCUCUUUUUUUGUUUUUGUUUUUCAUUUGUUUAUGUUUGUUGCUUGUUCUUUCAUUUGUUUUUGGGCGGCUGUCUGAAUUAUUUUUAUGGGCUUGGAAUGGGGGAUGUUGGGUGGAGUAUAAUGAUGAUGACAGAUGAGGGAUGACUAGGUUAAGGAUGGGAAUGACAACGACGAGAUCGAUAUGAGAAAGAUGAAACGCUGGAAGAAGCGCGAAGAAGGGGAGUGGCUGGCAGGCGACGGCUAUAAUAUAUACCUUAACCUACCACCAAAACAACAAAACAAGAUAUAGGAUAAAUAAAUAAAUGGUAUCAUUGUUAUCCCAAAC